AUGCCCACAGUUCCGCUUCACAUAUCUCUAUCAAGCAACAGGAAUGGGUGCUCGACAGAGACGGUCACCAACCCACUGCCCCAGCUCCUCCAGACACCAUCCGGUUUAGCCAUUCUAGAGCUCCAAGGGACCAUUAAUCUCCCAGAGAGCGAUGACCAAGAGAUACAAGAUACUAUACCCGAUGUCUCACAGCAUACACGUAAAGUCGAGACACCAAUUGGCCGGAUCAUAUUCGCAGACUACGACCCAGCUGCCGACCCAUCUGACAGAGGUUGGAUGAAGCGUGUGUAUCUUACUGUUGGCCAACAUCAACGUCUAACAGGCGAAGUUAAAAAACUACCGAAGCCUAUAGCGGUCAUCCAAAGGCGAAAAUCGACAGUCCGCGAUGGUACGAGUUCACAAUCUGUGGCACAGGAUGGCAAUAUCCCACCCACCCCGGAUCAGCUAGAGAUCGUGGAGAUCAUAAAGUACAAGCUAAUGUUCUCCUCACGACCCGAGCCUAUCACCAAUGAGGGGUUUUGA